AUGUGGUUGUCUACUUCCAGCGUUAUACGCUUGACCGCGGAAAACACUCUGGGGAAGACGACUCUAAGUAAGCCCAAAGUACAAAAAGCUACGUGGUUUUGGAACGAGGAAGUUCAGGCGGCAAUUUGUGAGAAGAAGUCCAAGUAUAAGCUCUGGUGGAGGACACGUCAGCCUGAAGAUUGGGGUGCUCACCUAGCAACGAAGAAGGAGGCUAAGAAGGCAGUCUCCAAGGCGAAGUCGGACAGCUACAAGGCUGUGUACGACAUGCUUGAUACCAGAGAAGGCGAGCGGGUAGUGUAUCGUUUAGUCAGAGCACGUCAUCGCUCAACAUUGGAUAUGGAGCACACCAAGAUCGUUAAGGGAGCUAAUGGAGCCGUUCUGCGCCGCUCUGGUCAGAUCCUGGAGAGGUGGCGAGAGUACUACAAUCACUUGUGUAACGAAGAGUUCUGUCAUCCUCCCAUCCCAACCGUUCCCAGCGUCGAGGGUCUUGUUCUACCAAUUACUGUCGUCGAAGUCAGUGCUGCCCUCGCAAAAAUGAAGUCGAACAAGGCAACCGGUCCCGAUGACAUACCUGUUGAUAUCUGGAAGCUGCUAGGAGAUCGAGGGUCCAUGUGGCUCGCAACUCUAUUUAACAAGAUCGUUGCAGAAGGACGGACUCCAGACGUUUGGCAAACUUCCGUGACCGUGCCUGUCUGGAAAGGGAAAGGAGACAUUGCAGAAUGUACCUCGUACAGGCCCAUACGACUGCUCUGCCAUACGAUGAAGGUUUUUGAGCGCGUCCUGGAAGCUCGUCUGAGGAAAAUUGUUAGCGUUUCACUCAACCAAAGCAUCUAUAGUGCUGCAGUCCUUCACAAAACCAGCGGUUUUGUGAAGGACUGCAGCACUAUAGAUGCUAUCCAUGCUGUCCGAAUCCUCCUGGAGAAACAUCGAGAGAAGAACCGCAGUGUGCAUCUUGCUUUUCUCGAUCUCGAGAAAGCUUUCGACCGUGUUUCACAUGAGCUGUUAUGGAUGUCCAUGAGGUCGCAUAGAGUACCAGAUGAAUAUGUGCGGUGGACGAAGCUACUUUAUGCGAAGCCUACCAGCGCUGUACGAUGUGCUGCUGGAACAAGCAGGCCAUUCCCUGUACAAGUAGGGAUUCAUCAGGGUUCAUCCCUCUCACCUUGUUGUUCAUACUGUGCAUGGAACAUAACGAAGGGAAUCCAGAAGCAGCAUCCGUGGACCCUACUCUUUGCCGACGAUGCCAUGCUCGCGUCGGAGUCUCGAGACGAUCUUCAGAAACAAGUGCAGUCUUGGAAGGAUCAGCUGCAGCAAUAUGGAUUGCGCCUCAACACAUCAAAAACUGAGUACAUGGAGUGCGGACCAAGGAUAGAGGAUGGUUCAAUUCGUGUUGAUGGCACCGAAUUAAACAAGGUGAACUGCUUAAAGUACCUUGGAUCCAAAGUGACUUCCACAGGCGAUCAAGAAGGUCGAGCACGCGUUAAUGCUGCAUGGAUGAAAUGGAAAAUGGCAACAGGGCUACUGUGCGACAAGAAAGUCCCUGUUCGACUGAAGUCGAAGAUCUAUAAGACGGUUGUGCGUCCUGUUGCCCUUUACGGAUGCGAGUGCUGGCCGACAACGAAAGCCUUGGAAAGAGUGCUGCACGCUAUGGAGAUGCGGAUGUUGAGGUGGACGAUAGGUAUAACGCUAAAAGAGAAAGUAUCCAACGACACUGUGCCCCACCUAUCGGUGUCGUCCCGAUAA